AUGACUGUAGCAUUCGCCAUCUUCAAGCUCGAUGAGAGACGGAAUGAGUGGUCCGAGGUCAAAGACUUGGGUGAUCUCGCCCUGUUCCUCGGGCUUAACCACUCGAUGGCACUGUCCACACGCGAAUUCCCCGAGCUUACUAGCAGCAGCAUCUAUUUCACCGAUGACUACAUAGAUGGGUACGAAAUGAAUCAGCAAGUCAUCCGUGAUAUCGGAGUGUUCAAUUUGACAGAUGGAAGUUUCCAGCCCUAUGAUUUUCACUCGAUCGAUUCUGAGUGGAAUUGGCCGCCACAGAUCUGCAUACCUCCACUUCCUGUAGCAGGCCUCAGCGACCAGCAGGUUAUAGAGCAAGCCAAGAGUGACGUUCUGGUAUAUACUACAACGUUCAAUCCAAUGAAGAACCCAAUCUCUGGGGAAGAGAAGACUCUUAUGAAGCUGGUUGUUGAUUCCGAGACCGACAAAGUACUUGGACUUGGUGCAUCCAUGUGCAGUCCAGAUGCAGCUGAGAUUAUGCAGGGUAUUGCUCUCGCACUCAAGUGCAGAGCCACUAAAGCGCAAUUUGACAGCAUGGGCGCUAAUACAGUCAGAGAGUUAGCUGCCAUGUACUGGGCCGCCCUUCUUCCCGAGCUACAGGCUCUCACACUCGGCCGUCUGGAGGUGGUCGACUACCUCCGGUUCGCAAGAGGGAUCGCGACACCCACCGCUUCUUCAGCCGCCCGGACCAGAAGAUGUACAAAAUCCUCCGAUGGGUGGCUGAUCACUGUCGACGAGAUCUCGGAGCUGCACGCUCUCAAUUCGCUCACCGGGUCAUCCUUGGCCCUCCCAUCCGUCACGACGUUCCCUAAUGUCGGCGGUGCCGUCCGUAACUCCGACGGCCAAAUCACCGACUAUGUCAUCGUCUGUGAUGACCUGCGAGAGGUGCCGUAUGAAGUGGAGCGCAUGCGCAUGUGCUACUAUGCGAAGGCAAUCCUCCACCCCUCCUCCGCUGGGAGUGGCCACACCGUGGUGGUCAUUUACGGACAAUUCAAUUCUCUGGCACUAGCGUAUGCUGGGGACGAGUCAUGGACCCAGCUCCAACCACCACAUCCACGGACCUUUAUGGACAUCAUCUUUCGCAAGGGGCUGCUCCACGCUAUGGAAUACACCGGGGAGCUUAUGGUUUUCGAUCUCGAUACCCCGGGCUCGCCGAUGGUGACAUGGGUAGCAGGUCCUGAUUCGAGGCUGGGCUGCUACAAUCAAAAGUGCCUGGUGAAGUCACCGGACGGUAAAGGUAUGUUCCAGGUGUGGAGGGACUCAGACUGGGUACCAGUGGACGGGAAUAAACAGAGGGAGUCAGUCUUUCCCGGUGAUGCGAGGAUGAGUACAGAAUUCGUCAUCUUCAAGCUCGACGAGAGACGGAACGACUGA